UAAAAAAAACUAUACAAAUAGAAAAUUGAUUAAUUUGGAGUAUCAUUUCUCUAAGCAGUUUGAGCAAUAUUUACGGCCUCUAAUUUUUCUUUGGCUCAUUAUUUGUUGUAAGAUUUUGUCUUCCUGGGUAUUUCUAGCAAAAACCGGCUGGUUUAACUUACACAGAGCAAUCAUUUUUCCAACAUUCUGCAGACUAGAGUCUACACAUUCACGAACAUCAAACGAGUACAGUGUAAAUUGUGAGUUGUAUUCUUCAUAAUUCAACUGUCAGGAGUGUGUGACUAACUAUGGACAGGUCCACUCAUAGUAAUUACUGGCCGGUCCUUAUACUGCUGACGAUUUUUGAUAACGGAUGGAGUUUGAAGGAACCCUUCGACUUGAAGUUUGGACCAGAUGCCGGCGAUAAAUGGAUGGAAAAGUUCGACGAUUAUUGUUCCGUUAGCUCCGAUCUAAACGGACCUCUGCGCUACGACAAUAAAACUAUUACACAGUUGCAAACUUGCUCAAAUGUUGCGUUAAAGUUGAUUGAUGACGAAGGUUCCGAACACAGGAUUUACAUUGCGAAAUUUGAUGGAGACUUGCAGGACAGGUUUCUUGAUAGAAUGUGCUUAACGCCUUCAUACUAUGACGAGUAUGAUUAUCAAGACUACAUUUGCAAUUGGUACUUAAAUUACGACGAUGGUUCCGAUGCAUAUGAACCACAAGUUGCCGACUACGCCACCGAAGUUUAUCCUCUAAUUUUUGAACUGGAAAAAGCAUACGAGUGGGAUUAUAUCGAGUUCCUGCGCAAAAAUGUGGACAUUUACUUUGACGACCUGAUGACAAUUGUUCACACUGGCGCCGACUCUAAAUAUGUCAAUCUUGUCAACAAUGUUUUUUCCCGCAAUAUCUUACGACAAGAGGACAAGGACAUUAUCAACUCCCGCAUCGGACAAGACUUCUCAGCCGAAUCUGGUUUUGUGGUGAGUUUCUACAAAAUCAAAGACUACGAUUAUUUUGUCACAUAUCACAUCAGCGUCCAGUUUGUCCUCGCUUGUGACGACCGCAACACGGUCGAAGUGACUGACAACAAGUGCUACACCAUGACUCAGUUUCAGAAGCUCAACCCCAAUUUCGAAGAUGAUUCUGAGAUUGAGGCCUCGUUUGACCUCGGCAGUGGGGAUGUGGAUCUGCCAUUCAACGACAAAAAAUGGGCCCAAAAGUGGGUUGAGACAAGCAAUGUCGGGAUUCCAGGUCUUUGGAUCUACGAGGUCAACCAGGGGUACGAGGAACCUUUCAUUCGCAUCCCCCCACACCUGGUCUCUUUCUGUCAUGGAGCCUACUUCGAGCCCUCGUCUCUCCCUAUCUUCUCGGGUCCCGGCAGCGUGCGUGAGGUGUCAAUUCAGUGCACCGGGAUCAUCGGCGACGACCAACUCAUCAACGUCACUUUGAUUGGCAGUUCGUUCAACAAGACGAUUGAAGCCGAGUACAACUAUGACGAAGUUAUGUUAAUCGUACCCGUGCCGUUAAUCUUGGGCGUGAACGAAGUGGCCCAGGUAAGCAUUGCAGUUGGGGGAGUCGAGAAAAAGAUUGACGCUACGAUUGCCUUCACAGACGAACAUGUCGACGGUCCGCUGCAGAUCGAGUACCUAAGCGACAAAGAAGUUCAAGUCGCCUGGCCUGAUGUGACCAUCAAUGAGACUACGACUCUGAUCGUCAACGAGUUCUCCUAUAACGGUUCCCAGGUGGGGUACAAGAGUUUUGCUGAUUUCAACGUGACCCUGGAAGAAAGUAACACCAGUUUCACACACAAAUUCAACACCAGCGCUGAUUUAGUUCGAGUCGAGCUGGAUUCAAAUCAAGGUAAAUUUGUCAGCAUCGUCACGAGAAAGAAUGAAAAAAACUGUCAAGAUUGGCUGAAUGAUCAAUUGGACCAUGAUUUGACACUGUGCACGGGUGAUCUUGAGGCACUGCAUGCAUGUCCUGUGAACAACCCAAGACAGGACCCUUCUCUCAAUGACAACUACUGGGCUCAUGAGGAGGUGCAAACUGGUCCUCGGAACUGGUUCUAUGACCCAUGCUGCAACCAACAACCACACAUGCCCUCUUACCCUGAUGGUGUUUGCGAUGCCCGAAGCUGUGACUACAACCCAGGAGCCGACUUCUGCAUUCGCUCGCCUUCCAUUCCCUGUUAUGACCAGAACUAUAAUCAAAUUAUUUACGUGUCCAAUCAGUGUUGCUACAACGAAACGGGAAGUCUAAUAACCGCUGGACUGGGCGGCGCUGGCCGAAUGAGUAUGAGCAAGGCAUCAUUCGGAAACUUGCACCAGUUGUUCAAAAACGAAUUGGAACCAUAUCAAAAAUGCUGCGAAGACGGAAACAAUUGCGAUUUAUUUCUGCAGAAACGACCAAAUCUGGUCGGAUCUUACAGAGGAAGCUUGACAAUUCCUGCGACUUUUGGAGGACAUUUUGAAACAGGAGACGGCGUUGAGUACACUUUCCUGGGCGUGGGAGUCUACACAUUUCUAGAAACUGAUCUUGACAUUCCGACAACAAUUCAAAUAACUACCCGAGCUAAUGGCCUUCUUACCGUUCUAGCAGGUGUUGCAAUUUUGUACGGUGAUAACAAGAUCGAAAUCAUGAGGCCAUACAUCGUCCCAACAGGUAAAACGACACGAGUGCGAAAUAUCUACUUCGUCAACGACGUGAUGAUUUUCACAGACUUGUUCGUCAUCGGCCCCGAAGAUCCGUUUGACCUUUACUUCGGUGGGAUUAACAUCAAAAAGGAAACAGGGGCGCGGUCUGUUCAAGUUUUGAUCCCGGGUGUGAACCUUUGUGUGAACAUAUUUAUGGCUCGCAACUACUUCAACUUCUACGUAACUGUACCUGACAGCUUCAUGGACCAUACGAGGGGACUUGUCGGGAUACUCGACGGGAACCCUGCGAAUGAUUUUAAACCAAAAGCUCGAUUGAUUGAUCCUCUCUCUCAGCCUGUGGACCAAAAUAGUCUGCACGAGGACUUCGCCGAGUCGUGGAGAGUCGAUGACCCGCAGGGCUGGCUGUUCGGAUAUUUCCUCUCGGAUAUGAUUCGAUCUGAGAUCGAGUCCGGUCCGAUGACCUACAACUACUCUGUCACCUACUCAGACGUGUUGGAAGCAUUUGAAGGC